GUCAGGUGUGCAAACUCUGCCCCACAAUGCCAAGGUGCACUAUAACUAUGCCAACUUUUUGAAAGACCAAGGUCGUGACAGUGAAGCCAUCUACCACUACAAAACAGCACUCAAGUUGUACCCUCGCCAUGCAAGUGCUCUGAACAACCUAGGAACGUUGACCAAAGACCUGGUGGAAGCAAAAGAGUAUUACAGAAGGGCCCUCCACUUAAAUCCACAACACAACCGAGCUCUCUUCAAUCUUGGGAAUCUGCUCAAGUCCCAAGGGAAGAAGGAGGAAGCGGUUCUCUUGCUGAGAGAUUCCAUUCAGUAUGGACCAGAGUUUGCAGAUGCUUAUUCCAGCCUUGCUUCACUGCUGGCUGAACAGGAUGAAUUAAAAGAAGCAGAGGAAGUAUAUCAGGCUGGAAUAGAGAACUGCCCAGAGAGCUCGGAUCUGCAUAAUAACUAUGGGGUUUUCUUAGUGGAUACCGGCUCUCCAGAGGCUGCGGUUUCCCACUACCAGAAGGCCAUCCAGCUUAGCCCCAGUCACUACGUGGCCAUGGUGAACCUGGGCAGGCUUUACCGCUCAUUGGGGCAGAACAAGGACGCUGAGGCAUGGUACAAACGGGCGCUGAAAGUGGCACGGAAUGCUGAAAUCCUGUCGCCCCUUGGAGCUCUGUAUUACAACACGGGGCGCUACGAAGAUGCGCUGAAGGUUUACAGGGAAGCCGCAGCCCUGCAGCCAUCCAACAGGGAGACCCGGCUGGCCUUGGCUCAGGUUUUGGCAAUGAUGGGACAGACGAAGGAGGCGGAAAAAAUGACCAAUCAUAUUGUGACUGAGGAGGCUGAAUGCCUGGAGUGCUACCGCCUUUUAUCAGCCAUCUACAGCAAGCAGGAGAACUACAACAAGGCCCUUGAAGCCAUAGAUAAAGCUCUACAGCUGAAACCAAAGGACCCCAAAGUCAUAUCUGAGCUCUUCUUCACAAAAGGAAACCAGCUAAGAGAACAGAAUCAUCUGGACAAGGCUUUCGAGAGCUAUAAAGUGGCCGUAGACUUCAACCCGGAGCAAGCACAAGCCUGGAUGAACAUGGGAGGGAUUGAACAUAUCAAGGGCAACUACGUCACAGCACGCAGCUAUUACAAGAAAGCUUUACUGCUGGUUCCCAAUAGCAAACUGCUGAAAGAGAAUUUGGCUAAACUGGACCGUUUAGAGAAACGGCUGCAGGAAGUUCACGAGAGAAGAUAAAUAGGGA